CAGAAGGCCACAACGUUUGCUUAAGCAAAGCUUUACUCAGCCGACCAGAAACUUCAGUGUUGUGUGUCGGUACCACCAUAAUGGCGCCUCGCAUCGCCUUACGGCUGCCUUAGCACCGCAAAGUUACACUUGCCUUAACCGAGGAACUUGGGACUCCAAACUGCGGUAUAAUGGGCGUCGCCACGUCUUGCUUGCGAGGUGGUCAGCCUGCCAAAGAGCCUGGGCUCAAAUGCCCGCCUGUUGGAGCAGGCCCUCAGGAGUCGGCGUCCAAACGGCACAUCCCUUCAGUCGGGGUCGCUGGCACGGGCCAGCCCGCGGCAUCAAAGCCUUGCGCUGCGACCGGUCAGACCGGGGAGGUUCCAUUAAAGCCUGGCCAGGUCAACGGUCGCAGCGCUGAGCCCGGCGACUUCGCACCCGAUGGCGCUGCCCUCUGUGGCGACGGUGCGCCGGGCGAUCCUGUGGCAAAGGCCUCCACGUCUGGCUCCGAUACUCCUCUCAGUAGCAAUAGCAACAGCCGCGAGGACAGCAACACGGACGGGAACAAAGGCCGCAGCGGCGACGGCGGUCCCACUGGCGAACACCGCAGCGCUGCUGGCCGCGGCAGCGGCAGCGGCAAGGGCGCCGCCCUUGAAGGUGACGGCGCCGCUAGCCCUCCCGUACAAGCCGGCGAGCCGGCGUCAGGGCCACAGCAGCAGCCCGCAGUCGCCGACGCGCGCGCUGGCAGGGACGCAGCAACCGGCGUCAUCCAGACCGGUACCAACCAGCCCGCAGCUGACAAGCUGGCAGUCGCGGCCGCCGCCGGGUAUGGUGUUACUGCUGCAGCGGGCAACGCCGUUGCGUACGGUGGCGGCGGCGGUGCUGCUGUUGAGGACGAUGGAGCGCUGGAGACGGGGGCGGCGGGUUUGGACACCGCCACCACCGCCGACGCCUCCAGCCUGGCAUCGCUGUUCACAAGCACGGCCGGCUACCCGCACUCAACCUACGACUACGGGCCGCCUCUGACCGAUGACGAGCAGAUGCGCGUGCAGGCCCUGCGCGCUCUGGAUGUGCUGCACACCGCCGCCACCGCCUGUGCCCUGGACGGCGCCGGGCCGGUGGCUGGCGGCGCGGACGGCUCCGCCGCCUCGGCGGCUGCGGGCGGCCGUAACCCGCAGCAAAUGCAGCGGCUGUCGCGGCUGGACGAGGAGGUGGACACGGUCCUGGCCGCCGUGCUGCAGGUGUUUGGCGCCAACAAUGCCCUUCUGGUGUUGUUUGAGGAGGGACGCAUCCUGGUGCGCAACACCGCCGGCGGGCUGGUGGGCACGGGCGAGUUCCCCAACAGGUGGUCGUUCUGCGCUUACACGCUGGGCAAGCACCGCCCCCAGACGUUGGUGGUCACCGAUGCCACCAAGGACAUCCGGUUCGCGCACAACCCCUUUGUGCACACGGGUCCCAAGGUCCGCUUCUACUGCGGCGCGCCGCUGGUGGGCAGCAGCGGCCACGUGCUGGGCACGCUGUGCUUCAGCGACAGCAAGCCGCGACCGGGCUUUGACGCGGGCAGCUGCCGGCUGAUCAACAACAUGGCAGAGCUCAUGACGAGGCAGCUGGAGAGGUACAAGGCGCACGCCGGGCCCGCGGGGCCAGUGGACGCGGAGACCACGGCGCUGUCCCGCGUGGCGCGCACCCUGGACUGCUACGACCGCUGCGUGGCGCUGGUGGACGUGGCCACCUGGCUGACCGGAUCCAACGGAUCUGGAUCCGAUGGUUCCAAAUCUGGAUCCGGUGCCCCGGGCUGGAUCGUGAUGUUCAUCAACGAGCAGCUUGAGGCGCUGCUGGCGCCGCGCCGCCGCGCUGACGUGGCGGGGCGCAGCCUGCAGGCGCUGCUGGAGUUUGAGGACGACGAAGGCGCGACGGCCGAGGAACUGGAGGCGGAGAUGGCGGCGGAGGAGGAGCGGUACGGGCUGGAGUGCUGCGAGGAGGAAGAGGAGGAGGAGGUGGAGGCGGAGGAGGGAGAUGAGGAGCCGGCAGCGGAGGUGGGCCCGGACGGCGUCACCCUCGCAAUCGGCGGUGCGGACGCCGCCGCCAGCGGCGCCAGCCGCCCCCUGUUCCCGCCGGUGCAGCCGCAGCUGACGCUGCGGCCGAUGCCGGCGGCGCAGCGCCGCCGCCGCGCCGCGGCGCGGGAGCGCCGCCGGCUCGCCGCCGCCGCCUAUGCCGCGCUGGACUCGGCCGGCGCUUACGGCGCCGCCGCAGACCCAGCGGCUCGCUGGGGCAAGGUGGCGGCGGCGCUGGUUCGGGGGGAGGUGGUGGAGGUGGGGCGGGUGAGGCUGCUGUGUCAGGACGGGCGGCCCUCCACCACACUGGUGCAAAUGCAGAUCAGGCCCGCCAACUGUCACGUGCUGGACGCCGCCACGCGCAUGCCCGUGGGCAUCCCGCCGCAGCUGCAGCUGCCCGCCUCCAUUCUGGCGGCCGGCUCCGCGCCGCCGCUAACCGCCGCCGCCGCCACUUGCGAGACGGCGGAGGCGGCGCCGCCAACUGCCGACAAGGUCGGGGCGGCCAGCGUUCGGAGCGCCAAGGGCGGCGCCGGCGGCCUCCUAGACCGGGUGGCGGCACGGCUGCUUGACACGGGCGAUGAGGACUUCAGCACCGAUAGCAACGUGCAGCCGCCGCAGCAGCAGCAGCUACAGCCGGCGCCAGCGCCAGCGCGCGCCGAGCCGCACUACUGCUUCGUGCUGCUGACGCCGCUGACGACUGCAGCGGCAGGCCGGCGCGGCCAGGGCGGCGAGGAAGGGGAGCUCGAGGGUCUGGAGGAGGAGGAGGAGGGGGAGCCGCGGCCGGUUGCCAACGUGGCGGGCGCGGAGGCGGCCCUCGAGGCCGCCGCCGCCGGUGCUCGGCAAAGUGCUAAGCUGCCGCCGGCGUCGGCAUCUUCACUCGGGUCGGGCGGUGGCGGCGUGCUCCGCCGCCGCAGCGUGGAGGUGGCGGCGGCGCUCCGACCCCGGCUCUCGCUCGGCUCCCGCCCCGCACCCGGCUCCGCCGCCGCCGAGGCCGCCGCGACCGCCGCCGCGGCGGUGUCUGGCAACAACCUGCCGCGCGCGGCGGGGUCCCCGGCCCCGCGCGGCACGCGCACCGUCAGCCUCACCGGCGCCCUCCCCGCGCCCUCCUCUCCCGGCCUGGGCUCCUCCUACCGCCCCAGCUCGCAGCGCCCCUCCGCCGCUGCUACACCCCAUGGCACCGGCGGUGCUACAGCCGGCCCUGGCGGCAGCGCCGCCGGCGCGCAGUGGAGCUACGGCAUGUCCCCCUGGCCGGGUCUGGUGUUGGGCCACCUGCUGGGCAAGGGCGGCUUUGGCCGCGUGUUUGCGGCCACCUAUAGGGGCCAGCGCGUGGCGGCCAAGGUGGUGUCCAACAGCGCCCUGCGCACGUGCGUCAACGGCGUGAGUCUCGAGGUGUUGCUGGCGCAGGAGGUGGAGCACCCAUACGUGGUGCGCACCUACAAGUGUCUGGUCCGCACCUACGCUGACGGCUGGACCGGCGGCGCUCCCGGCGCCGCCGCCGCCAGUAGCAUCACCGCGAGUGGCGCGCCCGCCGGCGCCUCCCUGGCCUCACUCGCCGCUGUGACGCCCAACUCGGCGGCGCCGGCGCCUCCGGCUGCCUCCGGCCGCGGCGCUGGCCCCCCGUCCUCCUCUCAAUCCCAGCAGCUGCCCAGCCAGCUGUCGCAAUCGCGCAUGUCGCCGCUGGCCGUGUCGCUGCUGUCGCAGCUGUCUCUGCAGCAGCGGCAGGCGGCCUCACAGCCGCCGCCGCAACAGCAGCAACAGCAGCAGCAGGAGCCGCAGGCCGGCGGCGCCGCGCAGCCUGCCGGGGCGGAGGCGACAGAGCGCGAGAUGGCGGCGGUGACGCCCAACAGCCUCAGCGCGACGCCCGAGGCCAGCCCGCACACCACCCCCAACACGGCCACGGCUUCCCUCAUGGCGAGCAGCAACACAGACGGCAGCGGCAGCACCAGUACGAUCGCGCCCGCGGCUGGCUCGGCCUCCACUACCGCCUCGGCGUCCGUGUUCGCAACUGCGGCCACCGCCGCUGCCGCGGCAGCCCCCGCAGCCCCCGCGCCCGCCGCUGCGGCGGCGGCCCCGGGCCUGCGGCAGCAGCAGGCAAGGCCGCAAGGCCUGCCGCCGCUGUCACCGCCGAGACAGCAGCUGCAGCAGCAACAGCCCCAGCGGGCGCCGCCGUCGUCGCAGCAGCUGGCGUCGCAGUCGCACAUCACGGGUGACUCGGGUCCUCUGGAGAACCGCUACUCCUUUGACCGCUUCGGCUCGGCCGAGCCGACCAUGAUUGAGAUGCUGGGCAGUGCCGCGUCCGCUCACCUGACGCCACUGCUACAGCCGCAACACCCGGCAGCAGCAGCAGCAGCCGCGGCGGCGGCUGCAGCUGCCGCAGCAGCUGCUCCCAGCUACUGCCAGCUGCCGAGGUCCCGAGUCCAGUCGCCGACAGCGGCGGCGGCGGCGGCGGUAACCGCCGCUGCAACGGCUCAGGCGGGGUCAACCGUUCCUCACGGCGGCUACCACAGCAUGUGGCGGGUCAACGACAACGGCAACGGUAACGGAAACGGCGGUUGUGACGCAACCGCCGCCGCUGCCGCCGCCGCCACCGCCGCUGCCGAGGGGUUCACGGUUGCACACAUGGCCUUCGCCUCCGGCGUGCCGCCCCCCAUGCCGGUGCCGCCACGCCCCAAUAACUCACCCACACGGGGCCUCGUGCUGGAUCCGCCGCCGCCGCCGGCGGCGGAGCUGCCGCCGCCGCUGCCGCCGCCGCCGCCAGCGCAGGCGCCGGCGGCGCCGGGCCAGCUGGGUACGAUGCCAGAGUUCGACUCCUUCGACGGCGGCGGCGACGACUCGCCCAUGAUUGAGAUGCUGACGUCAGAGCCGGCGCCGCCGCCGGGCACCGCCGCCACCACCGCCGCCUCGGCGGCUGCGACGGCGGGCGCGGCGGCGUCGGCCGCCUCCGCCGGCCCCAGCCCCUUCCGCUCCUCAGCAAUGACGCUGGCAGCAUCGGCGGCUUCCGGCGCCUCCGCCACUGGCGGCGCCCGCCUCUCCUCGGGGGCGCCGCCGCCCGCAAGCGGCGGCUCGGCGCUGGCGACGGCGGCGGCCGCAUCGGCGGCGGCGGGCGGCGGCGAUGACCGUCUGCCUGAGGGGGAGACCUGGAUCGUGCAGGAGUACUGCAGUCGUGGCACAUUGCAGGAUGCGAUCGACAUGGGGCUGCUGCGCACCGCCGCCGCCACAGGCCCCGCCGCCGCCGCCGCCGCCGCCGCCGCCACAGCCGCCGCCUCCGGCCCCACCCCUGUCCUGCACCUGGGUCCCACGCUGGCCCCCGGCUGCAGCCGCCCCUGGCUCCCCGCCAUUCUCAUGACGGCGCAGGAGGUGGCAUCCGCCAUGCACUGCCUACACAGCAGGGGCUACAUGCACGGCGAUCUGUCGGCGGUUAACGUGCUGCUCACCGACACGGCGCCCGCCGCCACCGACGGCGGCGCCGCUGCGCCCGACCUGCUCGCCUCCAACCCGCUCGCCUGCGGCCCUGCGCCGCCGUCAGGCGGCGAGCUGGACAGCGGCGCAGACGCCGACAGCCCUGCCGCGGCCGCGGCGGCCGCCGCCGCCGCGGCGGAGGCGGGGGUGGCGGCGGCGGGCGCGGUGCGGGGGUGGGUGGCCAAGGUGUCUGACUUCGGGUUGUCGAAGCACCUGCCGGACCCGGCCACGCCACACGUGAGCGCGGCGCACGGCGUCAUCACGCACACCGCGCCGGAGGUGCUCAUGACGCACUGCCAGACGCAGAAGUCUGACGUCUACUCCUUCGGCGUGCUGAUGUGGCAGAUGUGGACGUGCAGCCGGCCCUGGGCCAACAUGAGCCGCUUCCAGAUCCUGUCCGCGGUCACCAACCCCGCCCACCCCGGCCUGCGCUUCCUGCCGACCUGCCCGCCGCCGCCCCGCUAUGCCGAGCUGGCCCGCCGCUGCCUGUCCUUCAAACCGGCACAGCGGCCCGGAUUCGACGAGGUGUGUGACGAGCUGCGCCUGAUGUCGUUUGAGCUAGCCUCCGGCGCCGCCGCAGCAGCCGCCCUGCAGCAGGCGCAGCAGGCAGCGGAGCAGGCGCCGCUGAUUCAAGCAACGGCGGCGGUGGCUUGAGGGAGGCUGAACAACAGACCCCAAGCGUCAGCCGGACCUGCAUGUGAUGAGCGUUUGGCGUGCCAAGCCACGUGAGUAGGGCAUCAGGCGGCAUGGUCGUUGAUGGCGCGGCUGCGGCUGCGGCGCCCAGGUUCUGGCGGGAGCAACGAGUGGCAUCUGGUAACGGUACCAGGUUCCGACAGGGCGAGGGUGGUUUUUGAUGAGGGUUGAAUGUUGAAUGGGGUAAAAACACUGGAGCUGGGUGUGGGGUGGUGACGUGGUUUGGUGGGACUUGCGGCAAGUUGUUGCGGUUUGCGGUUGCGUUGGGACUGCCAGACACCCGCAGCGGCAUGUGGGCUUAUGAUGGGGUUGCGGGUGCUGUAGUUCCAUGUUGCUUGUGCGGUGUGGUGACGCGUUUAUGCUGGCACAACUAGCGAGUUAAGUUAUAUGUGUACGGCAGGUUGACGUAAGGCAGUGGCAGAGAGUCGGUCUGUACCACUUUCCACCACUGUUUGCACGUAAAAAAAGCCGGCCAUUGCAUACAUGGCCGGAGAACAGGAGAACGGAGAUAUGCCAUGAGCAUGCGGAUAAACUGCAGGCGCUUGAUGCACAGCUUCCGCCAUGGUGGUGGGAAAAGCUGAGGCAAAGGGAAAGGGUUUAUGUCAUAUCGCGUAUAUGUGUGCCAAAUUGCGCCUUGAAUCGUGAAAAUGGUGGGGAGGAAUGCGUGAGCUCUGAUGGCUGGGACUCCGAAGAGGCCAGGCAAUUGUUCGUGCACGUGUGCGCCUUGCGCAUGCCGGGAGCUUUCUCCUGGCACUGGUAUUAUCCCCUACUGGCACACUUGAGAGAAGCAGAGGCGAGCAUGAAGACGGCUAGCACUGAUGCGCGCCCGAAAUGCAGAAGAAAAAAGCACGCAAUGCCGCGUUGCUGUGUGGCGAGGAUGGGACCCACAAUUGUGAUGCUGGCUGGAAGGACCGUCGUACCGCCGCAUGUCUCCUGGGCUGUUCAGGGGUCGUCAUAUUCAUGAAUAUGGCUACCUUGCAAAACUGCUUCCGGCGGCGUCUCCUUCCGUUUGAUGGACGUAUACAGUGCGCCAUAUGGUAGACUGCGGGAUCUCCGUGCGUGUUACGUGUCAUGAGGCUCCAACGGGUUGUUUGUUGCUGUGCGCUGCGAUGUGGCAGCGAGUUCGCUGCGGGCCAUGGCCGAUGCGCCUUGGGCGCACUGGUACACGCACCGUGUGUGACACACCUCACAACAUCAUAUUGCUCAAGUCCCGCCAGCGAUUCAAUUGGUGCGACGCGGGAGCGUGAGAUUGGGGAUGGAGGGACUGGCUUCCGUGGAUGCUGCGGGGUUCGCUGGAUUGGAUUAUUUUCUUGUUGCGAGAGCCACCUUGCUUGUCUUUUUGCGUCGGCUGCGAUGCAAGGCUGGCAUUGGUGCCACGGGGCGAUGUGUUACUGACUUGACACGUACUGACACACGCGGCGAGGCACAACCUUGAUAGCUGGCGCUGCUUGCUAGCGGAUGGAUGGCCCUUGUGUGUAUGUGUGGGUUGCGGUCUGGCACGCGGCCAGCAGUGAGUGAGCACGCGCGCGCGCACAGCAUGGCGUCUGGAUCCAGUACGCGCGGGCGACCGCACCGCUUUGGUAGAUGUGCAGCAGUAUGAGGUGGGUGUGGAAGACGUGAGGGGUGCUCCCCGCGGACCCGUUCUUGUCGUGAUGCGCCUGUCGUGCUUUGCGCCGUGCUUGGCGCCGUGCUUGGCGCGGUGCUGUGUUGCUGUGGCUGUUGCUGUGGCCGUUGGCGGCCUUGUGUGGAUGUUUUGAGCACAUGGAGCGGCUGAGCACAUGGAGUGGUGGAAUCCAACUUCGAGGGGGAGGGUUGGCCUGUCGGCGGAUCAACUUCAAACAGGGCCAAUCACAGUGUGCACAGUAACUGCGCACCCGCCCACGGGAAUUGAAAGGGCGAUGCCAUUUGUUCGCGUUGCUAGGGGCACCCCGUCCCGCCUCACGAGACAGGAAGGCACAGGCACAAAGUCGCAACCAUCGUGCGCACCACCUUGUAACCACACACGCAA